ACUAAUGACUUUAUUAAAUAUUAAAAAAUCAAAACGCAAAACAAAAACUGAAAAACUGGGAAAAACUGAAAGUUAAACAAGAAGGGAAUGGGUUUAAGAUUGAGUAAUGUUGAGGAACUUACCAUGGCUACCAUGAAGAAAUUAACUCAAGGAAUGGCUGAGCACAAAUAAACAAUGGCCACCGCUAAGGCUGAUGAAGCGAAGGAUAAGAUUGUUAGUGAAGUCUCAAAAAUUCAAAAACAAAACACCAGAACUGAGUUGCGCACCUGCAAUAACAUUUUAGCUAUGACAAAGCCUUUACAUUCAAAGUCACCUUCCUUUAUUGGGGAUAAGAGUGUAAAUCUUUCUUGGAAAGAAGCUACAAAACCCACUGCAGCCUCUAAUGCAACGACAACUAGAGUGAAACGACCUGCAAAUGCUGGUAAUGGAUUUGGUAACAUGGCUUUAAAGAAGGGCCGUGGAGCUGAUGGUUUGGAAAAUCAUCUUGUUAAUAGAGCACUGCAAGGUAUAUCUUACGGUGGGAGGACAGGUGCAAUAGGCAGAGGCAGAGGCAGGGGCAGGGGCAGGGGCAGGGGAUGGGGAGGACGUGGGAGAGGAAGAGGCUACCGGUAAAUGGAAACUUGAAGCUUAUCCCCCUCCAGAAGUAUAAAUAACCAUCAUAAUU